CCCGGCGCCCUCGGGCUGAGCGUGAGACAGUCGGGAUGCGCGUCUGUCUGCGAUCCCGGCUCCCAGGCCUGGGCGCUGCGCGACCCCAUGGCAGGGCCGCUGUCCACCUGUCGCCCGCACCCCUGCACCGGUUCCCGCGUCCGCGGAGCCGCCCCACGCCUCCCGCCGUCUGGGAGCGCCAGGUCUGCCGGUGGCCAGCGGCCCGGGACGCGGCGCUUCCCGCAGGCGCUCAUCGUGGGUGUGAAGAAAGGCGGCACGCGCGCGUUGCUGGAGUUCCUGCGGCUGCACCCUGACGUCCGUGCACUUGGCUCUGAACCCCACUUCUUCGACAGGUGCUACGACCGUGGGCUCGCCUGGUACCGGGGUCUGAUGCCACGUACCCUGGAUGGGCAGAUCACCAUGGAGAAGACCCCCAGCUACUUUGUGACUCAGGAGGCUCCCCGCCGAAUCCACAACAUGUCCCCAGACACCAAGCUGAUUGUGGUGGUGCGGAACCCUGUGACCCGGGCCAUCUCUGAUUAUGCCCAGACACUCUCCAAGACCCCAGGCCUGCCUAGCUUCCGUGCCCUGGCCUUCCGCCAUGGCCUGGGUCCUGUGGACACAGCCUGGAGUGCUGUGCGUAUUGGCCUCUAUGCCCAGCACUUGGACAACUGGCUACGAUACUUCCCUCUGUCCCACUUCCUGUUUGUCAGCGGAGAGCGCCUGGUCACUGAUCCAGCUGGUGAAGUGGGCCGGGUACAGGACUUCUUGGGCCUCAAACGGGUUGUCACUGACAAGCACUUCUACUUCAAUGCUACCAAGGGCUUCCCCUGCCUCAAAAAGGCCCAGGGCAGUGGCCGCCCCCGCUGCCUGGGUAAAUCCAAGGGCCGGCCUCACCCCCAAGUGCCAGAGGCUGUGGUUCAGCGCCUUCAGGCUUUCUACCGGCCCUUCAACCGAAAGUUCUACCAGAUGACUGGCCAGGACUUUGGCUGGGACUGAUCAAACUCAGCUUUUCCCUGGAUACCCAGUAACUUUAAUUAUGUCUGUCUGCCUGGCUAAGUGUAGAGAGAGUAUUUAAGAAAUAAACCCCAGAUCUGUUUUCUUCCA